CGCACCUCACCCUCGCCGCCGUCCACCCUUGACUUCCCCUUUCCCCGUCUAUAUAACGAGAGCCCGGCGGAUACGUGUUUCACCACCCCUUCCCAUCCCAUCCCGCUCUGCUCAGCUCUAGUGUUUUCUCUCCAUCCACCGAUCGAGUGAAGCUCUCCGUCCGCCGGACGAAAGAUCGACGACCAUGGCGGGCACGGCCAACUGCAUCGACAUCAUCCUCGCCAUCAUCCUCCCGCCCCUCGGCGUCUUCCUCAAGUUCGGCUGCGGGCACGAGUUCUGGAUCUGCCUCCUGCUCACCUUCCUCGGGUACAUCCCGGGGAUCAUCUACGCCAUCUACGCCAUCACCAAGUAAACUAGCUAGCAAGCCGUCCCAAGUGUUCGGCGACACAAUAUUUUCAGGAUGAUUUGAUCUGUUGGUCUAGUCCCUCCUUGCCUGUGUGGGUUCUUUUAAUUCUUUUCUGUGUGCGUUGAUGAUGCGAAUUCCUCCGUGGUUUCCGUGGACCGUGUGAAGAGCAUCAUCUUCUUUAUGUAUAUGAUAUAUGGGAGUUUAUAUAUGCUCCCCGAGUGGGAAUACUUCUUGUUAAA